CCUAUUAUGAGAUAUCCUACGAGUUCGAAGGAUAUUCGCCGAUCCUCUCGUCUCCCAUAAGCUUUACCUACAAAAUAAAAACACUUAAAAAACAAGUUAGUAUAAAAUUUAGGAACAAAAUUAAUGCAUGCAAGUCCCGGGAUAUGCAAGAAAAUAAAAUAAAUUUAAAGCGUAAAUUAAAAGAAAAAGUAGGAGAUACUCCCUAUUAUGGGAUAUCCUUCGAGUUCGAAGGAUAUUCGCCGAUCCUCUCGUCUCCCAUAAGCUUUACCUACAAAAUAAAAACACUUAAAAAACAAGUUAGUAUAAAAUUUAGGAACAAAAUUAAUGCAUGCAAGUCCCGGGAUAUGCAAGAAAAUAAAAUAAAUUUAAAGCGUAAAUUAAAAGAAAAAGUAGGAGACACUCCCUAUUAUGGGAUAUCCUUCGAGUUCGAAGGAUAUUCGCCGAUCCUCUCGUCUCCCAUAAGCUUUACCUACAAAAUAAAAACACUUAAAAAACAAGUUAGUAUAAAAUUUAGGAACAAAAUUAAUGCAUGCAAGUCCCGGGAUAUGCAAGAAAAUAAAAUAAAAGGAAAGCGUAAAUUAAAAGAAAAAGUAGGAGAUACUCCCUGUUAUGGGAUAUCCUUCGAGUUCGAAGGAUAUUCGUCGAUCCUCUCGUCUCCCAUCCUCUCGUCUCCCAUCCUCUCGUCUCCCAUAAGCUUUACCUACAAAAUAAAAACACUUAAAAAACAAGUUAGUAUAAAAUUUAGGAACAAUAUUAAUGCAUGCAAGUCCCGGGAUAUGCAAGAAAAUAAAAUAAAUUUAAAGCGUAAAUUAAAAGAAAAAGUAGGUGAUACUCCCUAUUAUGGGAUAUCCUUCGAGUUCGAAGGAUAUUCGCCGAUCCUCUCGUCUCCCAUAAGCUUUACCUACAAAAUAAAAACACUUAAAAAACAAGUUAGUAUAAAAUUUAGGAACAAAAUUAAUGCAUGCAAGUCCCGGGAUAUGCAAGAAAAUAAAAUAAAUGGAAAGCGUAAAUUAAAAGAAAAAGUAGGAGACACUCCCUGUUAUAGGAUAUCCUUCGAGUUCGAAGGAUAUUCGCGGAUCCUCGCGUUACCUUGUGCAUCUAAUAGCCUAGAACAUAAUGAACAAUAAUAUAUCAACAAGUUGAAGAAUAAUAAUACCGAAUAACUUAAGAAAUUACAUGAUUUCAAAUGAGGUAUGUAUGGUCUAAUUAGUCAAUCAAGAUAAACAAACUUUCAUAUUAAAAUCUUGAGUAAUAUAUUAAAUCAGAGAUUGAAAUUCAAAUUACCAUUUAUGGUUUC